AUGCGUUACACAUUUUCCCUUCCUCGCAUUGCGAUAUUGUUCGCGUCGGUCAUUUGUGCACAGAAGACCAGCUCCAGCUCCAGUAGCGGAACAGUCCUCGCGCCACCCUUACCAACCCUCGUCGAUCCCCUGAUUCUGCCGCGCUUCGAGAUCGAUGUUGUCUUCCCGCGCAACGAGACCUACAAUGCUUCUGCCUCCGAGGCUUUCCCCAUCGCCUUCGUGGUGCAAAACUUCACGGAGAUCGGGAUACUAGGGAACUUCACGAUCCUGUGGGACAUCAUGCCCUUCAGCUACGGUCGGGUGCCGGGCGGCAUCGAUUACGACGCCGGGACGUUCACCUUGCCAGCCGACCCGGGCGAGGGCCCCGUGGUCCUCGUCGACAGCACCAACGUGACCAAGUGGAUCCGGCGCAAGGACCGUGACGAACGCUUCAUGCUGUGGUGGCAUGUUCACUGGAGCUCGCUGCGCAACUGCAGCAACUACGGGCCGCACACGGUCUUCAACGGCAUCAUGUUCGACGUCGAGACGCCCGAUGAGGUCGAGUCCCGGCGGUUUCGGAACCAGAACGCCACGGCGAUUGGCAAGCCGGCCGAUGUAGCGCAGGCGCCCGAAUGCCCUGCCGUUGGGUCGGUCGUGGAGGUCCGGCGCAACCUGACCGUGCCCGAGUGUCCCGUUGUGUUCUCCAACGGGGUCCCAUACUGGCCGCCGACGGAAGUCAGCCCGGGUAUGGGAAAUCCGUGUGCGUGGAAGCUGGAUCCGGCGGCUGCGAGUGGCAUUAUGAGCAGGGCAGCGAGCACGGCGUCGGCGCGGUUGCCGACGCCUACUACGAGCAAGGCGCCGCAGAAGACGAAUGCUGCUCCUGGGAGCUGGGGUCGAAAUGCCGGAUGGGGAAACGCGGUUGCCGCCGCUUGCAUAGUUGGAUAUGUGGGAGGAACAUGA